UUUUAGUACUAUGUAGUAUGUAGAAUUACCGUGCUGUCUGAAGAUGUUAUGGUCGGUUGUGCACGUGUGACUCUGCGCAGUGACAAAUUUGUUUUGUGGAUAGAUUAAUAAGCUACUACAUCCUCUUUACGGACGAUUUUUCUCUGGAGUAUUCAAUGUCAGUAGCUUCCACGAUUUUGCACAAUGAGUUAUGGAAAAACAUCAGAAGAUUUUAACACGUCAGUGGGCGAAUUAGCCAUCCUGAUGAAUGAUACUUUUACUUGCUGCCUAAGGAACUAUGAAGCAUUACUGCCUUACCUUGAGAAAAAAGAAACAAAACCUAAAAUAUAUCACAAAUUAGUGCACAUUAAUAUACUGUUGAACAAGUUAAAUGAAGAGCUUGUAGGACUUAGGGUUGACUACGUAACAGUGGAGUCAUAUGAACCAAAAAGGGAGACUUUCCUGACUGAACAAGGUAGGAAGAGAGGAAUGUUCGAUGUGUCCAAGGUAGACAGACAUGAGACCAAAAGUAUAAAAACAGAAGCACCAUUUUCCAGUUGUACCAAACAUUCCAUUGCAUCAUCCUCGGAGACUGGAAAAAGCAUGCAGUCAGAGAAUUUGGUAUCAGUGGAUACUGAAGAAACUAGUUAUACACAGGCACAGAAGUCAGAUAAUCAUGGUACGAAAAACAUAAAAACAGAAAUACAAAACUCAAAUGAAGUUGAAGAUUUACUUGUAGUUCCCAUUGGUAAUGGUGAAAUACCUUCAGGUCAAACAUUAUUUGAUGCCACGAGUAAUGGAAUGACGGUUUAUUAUGCUGGUGACGAGGAAGGUGAACCUGUAGCAGGUAGACAUUGGGGAGGCAAUGCUUAUGAUAAACCUGCUGAUAUAAUUACUCAGAGGGAAAAUAAUGAAUGUGUUUCAUUACAAAAGGUAGAGACUGUGUCUAGUGCACAAGAGAAAAAUGAUAUAGGUGACAAAGUAAAGAAAAAUACUCCAGAUUUUCCUAUCAUAAGUGAGAAAGAUAGUUUACAUGGUCAUAGUUCAGAGAAACUGUGUAGUUCAGAAGAUAAAUUGCAUGGCGUCAUAAGGCACAAGGGUGGAAGAUAUAAGUGUAUAUUGUGUGAUCGUGAACUUAUCAAUUACCAGGCAGUACUUGGUCAUGUGACAGGAAAGAAGCAUAAAUUGAAACAAAAAACUGCCAUGAACAACAGUUCUGAAGUUUCAAAUAAUUCAGAAUCUGCUUCUGCUUCUUCUGCUGUUUGCUGCUCAAUUGCUGAUACUUUUGUUAUUGUAGAGGACAGACACCAGGUAAUAUCAAUGAAACAUGCAGUCAGAUUAGAUGAUAUGUGGGAAUAUUUUGAUGCAACAUUUCACAUUAACAAAAAAUUUUUCAGGAUUCAUUCAGGGCAAUUAAUAUGCUACCUUUGCAAUGAACGGAUAGGGAAAUAUGUGCUUCAUGUGAAGAAACACAUUUCUAGUGUUAGGCAUCUUCAUAGGAUAAAAAAUUAAAAAGAAAUUGAACUUAAAAAUAAAUCAUCAAAUAAACAAUUAUUGGAUAUACCAGGCAUUCUGAAGAACAUUAUUCCCACGACUCAGUUUAGUUUGGAAAACAAAGGCUUUUUUUUGUAGUGUGUGCGACUGCUUUUGUGAAAAUGAAAUAGUAUUAUGUCAUAUGACAGGUUUCAGCCAUUGGAAGAAAGGUAGACGAAAUGGAAUGAUCAAUGGAGCAUUAACAACUACAACAAUAUAAGAAUAUUGAAACAGAAGUUUUGUGUGUAUUUGAUUACAAUAUUACAACUGCAAUAUACACUUAAGUGGAUCACAUGUGUGGCCAGCAUGAAAGCUAUAUUACACUAGGAGUAAAAGGACAAAGAUGUACAAACAUGGCGAGUGAGCUUGAGAGUACGAAGAUAUUAUACACUGAGUUGAUGUUGUGGUCAGUAAAAUAUGUACACACAUUGUGUACAUGCAACAACUAUGCUGGCUAUGCAAGUGUAUCAUAGCAGUGUGU